AUGCUGCUAUGUGCAGUGACAUUCCGAAGAAUCAUCAGUACUUGCGAUGAGAGGGAUCGAAGUUCACUAUUAAUCUUCAAACAAGGCGUUGUAGAUCCUUCCAACCGCCUCUCCUCUUGGUCUUCUACUCACCAAGAUUGCUGUGAAUGGGAGGAAGUUUUUUGCGAUGCCACUGACACAAUCAUAGGUCUUGUUCCGAAAAACUGGAAUCAAAAUGGUUCAGAAUCCUUGAAAGGUGAAAUCAACUUAUCUUCUUUACUUGCACUUGAAUUUCUGGAAGACUUGGAAUUGAGCUUCAAUGACUUUGAACGUAUAACCACACGAUCCAUCAAUACUUCUGCUGUUGAUGCCCAUACUCAUUUACCUGCAAAUUUUUCUAAGCUUUCUUUCCUGGACUUAUCAUACAACGUUCAUCUUCAUAUUGAUGACCUUCAUUGGCUUUCUCUGUUCCCUUCCCUGACAAAUCUCCAUCUCAGUGGCAUUCAUCUUCUUAAGGUCACGAAUUGGGUUCAAUUAUUGGCUUCAAAACAUCUAGAGGGAUUGUGGCUGCAAGAUUGCAAUUUGACCAGCUUGAUUCUAUCUGUCGAGAAUGCCAAUUUUAGUUCAAUUUUAGAUCUCUCUCUUGGUCGAAAUGAUUUUAGAAAUGGAUUGCCAAAUUGGUUGUUUAAUCUUAGUAAUAACCUCCUCUAUCUUGAUCUUGGAUAUUGCAAUUUAAGAGGUCCAAUUCCAGAUUUUUCAGGCUAUCGAAAAAUAGAGAUGUUAGAUCUGUCUAACAACAAACUCAAAGGACCGAUCCCAGAUUGGUUAGGCCAACUUCAUCACUUAGAUAGGCUUAAUCUAUCGAAUAACUUACUUUACGGUUCCAUCCCUUAUAGUCUGAUGGGAAAUAACUCAUCAAAUUUAUCAGAGUUAGAUAUUAGCUUCAAUAACUUGAGUGGCACACUUCCGAAAAGCCUUGAGAGAACCCCUCUUAUAACUCCUUCACUGGCUCUUUGUCUUCUCUGUUAUGUAACACUGUUACUGACAAAAAUGGUUUGA